AUGUGCAAGACGCGCACAGGUGACACAGUUCUCCCAGAGGAUCAUGAUGAUCAGGGAGUGCUGCCCUUUGAAACUAUUGACUCGGACUCGGACAGCGACACGCUUGUUCUGCCGGGCUGGGCGUCGCCGACCUCCUCGACUGACGAGUCGCCCGUCUUCUCGGAUGCGACUGUGGACAUCGCUUGGCCCUCCGCAGGAUCCAAGUUCCACGGCCAAGGGCUCUGCAAGCCAUGUGCAUGGCUCUGGAAGCCCCAGGGCUGCUUGAAUGGCACGGCCUGCCUUCACUGCCACUUAUGCCCAAAGAGCGAAGUGAAAUCGCGGAAGAAGCUUCGUGCCAAGGCCCGCAAGGCCCGAGUCCCAGGAGUCCCAGGGGUCCCAGUCGCGGCAGAGGAUGGAAGCAUCUCUGCUCCUGGCCUCGCCCCCUCCGUCCUGCCUUUGUCCAUUCCACCGCCCCCAGGGCUGCCGCCCCCAGGCCUCUCCUUGCCAUUGCCAAGGAUAGAGUACCAGCCAUACCCAGACUCAGAUCCACUUGAGGAGCUCGAGUCACUCGAGGCGCAAGCCGCGCCCGCGCCCCCCAUGCCCUUCCAGGCAGAACAGGAAGCACAGGACUCCCUGAACUCCUUGAGCUCCGUGGGCUCCUUGCUUCACGCCAGCGGCCGCUGCAAGCCUUGCGGCUGGUUCUGGAAGCCGAAGGGCUGUGCCAACGGCGCGGACUGCCUGCACUGCCACCUGUGCACAGCCAGCGAAGCCCGGCGCAAGAAGAGGAUCGCCUCGAAGAUGAGGGCAAAUGGCUCAGAGUCGCAGGUACCUGACCAGGACCAGCAGCUCCAGCUUCUCACGGAAGCGCUGGGUGGUCCUUGA